CCAACUUCUGUCUCUACUCUCACAACACCUAGAUAUCUCAUCAUGGCCAACAUUGCGCUCGCUCGUGCAUACCAACAAUCCUUUGAGUCUCACCCUUACUAUACCCUCGCCCUUACAAAUGGCGCACUCAACGCGCUCGGCGACGCUGUCGCGCAGGUCACGCAGAAAUUCAUCGAUUCCGACAACGGCCGGCGGAAGCGUCGUUAUGACAUCCCUCGCACGCUACGCUUCUUCGCAUUUGGUGUCGGAAUGGGUCCACUUAUUGGCCGGUGGAACUUCUUCCUCGAACGCAACUUUCCCUUGCGAUCCAUAGGGAGUGGGAACACUGGCAAAGUCAGCCUCCGUGCGCUUGCGCGUCGCGUCGGCGCGGACCAGCUGAUCAUAGCACCAUUUGGUUUGGCAUUGUUCAUUGGCUCCAUGGGUCUCAUGGAGGGCCGCGACGCCAAGCACAUACAACGCCGCUACAGGGACAUGUAUAAACCAGCUCUGCUCGCAAAUUGGGAGGUGUGGCCUGUCGCACAGCUCAUCAAUUUCAGAUACAUGCCCUUGCCUUAUCGCGUGCCAUUUCAGUCCACCUGUGGUGUAUUCUGGACGCUGUAUUUGUCGCUCUUGAACGCGAAGGAAUCUGAGGAGCAAAAUCGGGAAGAUCACAUGCAACGUACAUUGGACUCGAAGUAGAGAUCAUCUCACAGAGUAUUCCUUCUUCGUCUCUUGGGCCUUCCUUGGUCAUCUGCAGUAAUACACAUUGAUGCACGGAACCAUACUACACCUUGUAGCCAUAGCAGUCUUUCUUCCAUCCUCUCAUCACACACGAUACGUCCAUGACCACAAUACUUCGCAUGAUUGUACAUAGAGCUCAACCUUAAUACUCGUCUAAUGUCCACACAAGACCUCCAACUGC